AUGUCUAUACCACAUACAGUCCCACUCAUUUUCGCGGACUUUGUCCUUGGCGUGACGGCUGUAGACAGGGACGUGGGCAACAAUGGCCGAGUGCACUACACGCUUGCGGGCGGGGACGAGCGGUGGUUCCACAUCAGCAGUGACACAGGGGUGGUCACACUGGCCUCCUCGCUCACACAGAGCAAGAGAAGCUACAGCUUCGUGGUCAGAGCCUCCGACCUGGGCAAGGUUCCCCUCACCAGCAACGCCACUGUGAACGUCCAGUUGUCCAGCAACACGGACACCAACAGGCCUCAGUUCCAGCCGUUCGACACCCGUCCCAGCAUCAAGGAGAACACAGCGGCCGGAGCGCCGCUGACCACUGUCCGAGCCACCAGCUCCAGGGGCGAUGGCCGGGUCACCUACCACAUCGCGGGUGGGAACGUGAACAACGGGUUCACCGUCAACUCGGACACGGGACUGAUCACUGUGGCCCGGACCAUUGACUAUGAAGUGACCAACAGCCAGGGCACGCCCCCACUGUCCACUGUCCAGCUGCUAGAGGUCAGCGUCCUGGAUGAGAACGACAACUCGCCCAAGUUCCAAAAGGCGCUCUACGUCACCGACCUGGAGGAGAAUUGUCAGCUGGGGACGUCCGUCAUCAAGGUGGUGGCCACGGACGACGACUCAGGCCCCAACCAGCAGCUGACCUACAGCAUCAAGGCCGGGAACGAGAACAACACGUUCGCCAUCGACGCCGACUCCGGCCAGAUCACCACUCGGAACUCGGUGGUGGACAGGGAGAAGAUCGCUCUCUACAACCUGGAGGUGCAGGCCCUGGACGCGGGAACACCUACUAGGAAGUCCGCCACAACCACCGUGCGUGUGAGCAUCACCGACAAGAACGACCACUCUCCGGUAUUCACCGGUUCCCGUAGUGUAGCCGUUCCCGAAGACCUUCCCAUCGGCUCUCUUAUCCUGCAACUGACCACAGCGGAUUUGGACAUUGGCGAUAACGCGCGUGUCUCAUUCGCCUUCGUGGAUGCUUCUGAUAUCCCUUUCGAAGUGGACCCUGCUAGUGGGAACAUCACAAAUGUAGCCAAGUUGGACGCAGAACUUCAGAACCGCUACCAGCCCUCUGUCACGGCCACUGAUGGCGCCUUUCUGAAACCCACCCGGUUGACCAUUACCCUGCUGGACGUCAAUGACAACGCUCCCCAGUUCCAGUUCCCUCAUCUUGAGUUCAAUUUCACAGAACUCCAAAGACCAAAUGCACGCGUUGGCGUUUUGACGGCGUUGGAUCUGGAUAUCUCCAGUCCGAAUAACAAGUUCUUCUUCUCGCUAAAGAGGCCGUCGUCUUUAUUCGAGCUUAACGCUAAGACUGGAGAAAUUCUCGCCUUGGAGACUAUGAGGUAUUUGGGUGGAGGCGUGGAUACCGGGAGUGGUGAUUCUGUCAAUCAUCACGUUUUGGAUGUUGUAGUGACAGAUCUGGGCGUUCCCUCCCUGUCCUCUCACGCCACAGUACUGGUCAGAGUCAUGGACGCCAAUGACCACGCCCCAGAAUUUGAAGAAGCCACAUAUUUCUCAGCUGUACCGGACACCCUACCCACAUCAGGUGUGAUUUUAAGAGUGGCCGCGCGGGACGAAAUGGACUACGGCAAAAAUGCUGAAGUCUUGUACAGCAUUGAGAGAGGAAGUGGAAGAAAUUUCUUCAAAAUCGACGCCAGCUCUGGGGAUAUCACACCAAAGACCUCGCUGUCUGGUAAAGUAGGUCAAAGCUACUCGCUGACCGUGAAAGCAACAGAUCGAGGAAACCCCCCUAUGUCUUCAACAGCUACGGUUGACCUUGUGGUGACAGAGGUCAAUGCGAACACACCGGUUUUCACCACCAGGCAGUUUCACACGUCUCUGAGGGAAGAUGCCAGACCUGGCUCUAGUGUAGCCACAAUCACAGCUAACGAUAGAGACCUCGGCAUUAACGGGGAAAUCGUGUACCUCAUUACGACUGGUAAUGAGAAAAAUCUUUUUGCGAUCGAUCCAAGCACUGGUGAACUUACUGUGGAAGGGGAACUGGACUACGAGAAGCAAACGUCCUACACGAUUACUGUCGUGGCUCGGGAUAAAGGUCACUUCUACAGAGAAGACUCGCGUCUGUAUACGAUAAAUAUCACUGAUGUGAACGACAACAAGCCAGAGUUUGACCGUGAGUACUAUGACGCUUAUAUCGUGGAGAACUCUGGCCCCUUCACGCCGAUCUUCACCCUCACUGCCAAAGACGCCGACACUUUGCCAAGCAACAAAGAAAUCAAAUACUCUAUUGUGGGCGAUUCAAACUCCAAGAAUUUCUUCCGUAUAAACCAAGAUUCGGGACAGAUAACUUCCGCGAAUACGGUAUUUGAUUACGAGCAGCACACACUGUAUACUCUCCUCGUCAUGGCGUUUAACCCAAAUCCAGACAGCGCUAGUUCGAACCUCAUGAAGUCUGUCACAACCGUGUACGUCCACGUGACUGGUGAGAAUGAAGACAGUCCUCACUUUGUGAGGAAAGCUUACAACUUCCAGAUCAGCGAGGCUGCGGACGUGGGUACUUCAGUGGGCCGAGUCUCCGCCAGAGACGACGAUAAGGGCGUGGACGGAGUUGUCUACUACUAUCUAGAAGGUUCCAGCAAUUUGAUGGGUCUCAGUCUGGAGCCGACGUCCGGAGUCCUUCGCGUGGCCGACGUUCUGGACUUCGAGACGCGUCCGAAUCUGAUGUUGACAGUCAUAGCGAAGAACUGGGGCAGCGUCCGCGCCAACAACACAGACACCUGCACUGUGAACGUCACUGUGACGGACGCCAAUGACCCACCCAGAUUCACGGAGCGCAUCUACACCGCGCGCAUCCCGGAGAACUCGAGCGGAAUUGACCGUUGUUUUCUUCUCAAAGGCUCUGCCACUGUGGAGAUCCAGCUGACAGACGUCAACGACAAAGCACCUCGUUUCGACUCUGAGAACUUGCGCGUGUACGUGCCCGAGAACGAGACAGCUGGACAGCGCGUGGUGGACCUGAGCCAAUACACGGUGGACGAUGACCUUCCUCCGAACCAGGGACCCUUCACGUACCGCCUGGACGCGAGAAGUCCCGAGGCGGCGUACUUCUGGGUGGAUGAGACCACAGGUGUUGUGCAGACUAAGACGACUCUGAGUAGAAAAGAUGGGCCUGAGUUCUACGUCAGCGUUGUCGUCACGGAUAAUGGCAUACCUCAACUCGCUUCUACUUUGACGUUCACUGUGGUAGUCAACGGGAAUUCCCCACCGAAACCGAGGCCGAUGGAGGUGAUGGUGACUUUGCUGGAAGGGGUUGCUUUCCGCGGGACCAUCGCCGACGUGCAGCCGUUAGGUUCGAAUCUCAGCGAGAAAUUCUCUUGUCAGAUUGUGUCUGGCGACUCUUUGGAGAGUUUUGUGAUUGUUACCGGAUGUGAAUUGGAGGUUGUGGGAAUUCUCACGCCUUCGACCUCGUACGUUCUGAGGGUACGCGGUGAUGACGGAAAGUUCGAGGCGGUUGAGUACGACGUGACAGUCACAGUGAAGUCUGUAAGUAACAAGACACUGAGCAACUCUGUGGCCAUGGUUUUGAGCAGGGAGAAAGACUCUGCUUUCUUGAGUUCCAAACUUACAAUGUUCACCUCGGCGGUGGAAAAAGCUUUUGGCCCGACCUUUAAGUCUAACGUGUACAGUUUGAGACAAGAGGGGGCGGAUCUGCUUGUCUUUCUGUCUGUGGAAGACUCGAAGCGUCAGCCUUUGCCCCUCAGUGAAUUGGUCCGUGGUCUGACAUUAGCAGAGAGUGUCAUCGCCGGCCAGUCUGAGGUCACGAUUAGAUCUGUGUCCGCCAGCACUUGUGACGUAAAUCCGUGCCGUAACAAGGGCAGCUGCGUCACUGCGGUUGUCCUCGGCGGGGGUGUCUCUGUGUCGCCCUCACCAGCCCUCGUAAUGGCAUCGCCUAGCCCAGACCUGGCUGCGAGCUGCCUGUGUCCCGCUGCCUUCACUGGACCUCUUUGUCAGCAAGCUCAAGACAGGUGCGGCUCUGACUACUGCAGCAACCAGGGCUACUGUCAGAACGGCCGCUGCCAAUGUCCAGACACCUGGCACGGAGAAUUUUGUCGGGAAGACGUAGACGAGUGUCAGACAACGGCUUCCUUAUGUAAGAAUGGCGGCACUUGCCAGAACACCCAAGGGUCUUUCAAAUGCAACUGCCCGGCUGGUUUCCACGGACCCUUCUGCGAGGUGGCGAGCUACUGCGCGGGGGAGACGUGCUCCGGCCGAGGGGAGUGCCGGGACGACGCGUGUCGCUGUCGCUAUGAGUACCACGGAGGCCGCUGUGAGGAGGACAGCAUGGGCUUCAGCGAAGACUCGUACGCAGAGUUCCGCCCCGUGGACAACUACGAGACGUUCAACAUGAGCCUCUACUUCGCUACCCUGGACAAGACCGCACUGCUCAUGUUCAGUCCGGUUUCCAUAGGCGUCGGCGCAGCUGAAGGUUUCAUCGCUAUGGAAGUGGUGAAGAGGAAGCUCAGGGUGUCUUUCAUGUUGGAUGCGGGUGGGAGUGACGGCCCGUCUGUCGUGAGCCUGAGUACCUCGGAUGACGUCAACACUGGAUACUGGUACCGCGUGGAAUUUGCAAAGGUCACAACGAGCGCGUUUCUGGUCGUCCAGCGAUGUGUCAACUCGACCUGUGAACCCUGCCAGAACUCACGACCUGGCUGCUACAGCGAGAUAGCCGUGCCUGCACCGACGAGCAGCGUCCAAGGCCGGUAUGUGAGUGUUGGCGGUGUCCGGAACUUCAGUCACAUUCUGGCUCUGUCCGGGCGAGUAGCCAGCUACGACUUCAAAGGCUGCAUGCACAGCGUGUCCGUGAACGGGCGGAACCUGGCGGUCACGGCAAGGAACCUUCUAAGCGGUGCGGGGGGCGUCGAUGCGCCUCUGCACGUGGACGGAGUGAGUGACCAGUGUCCGAGGAGCCAGCCAGGGAGUGUCUGCCUCCAGGGGAAGCAGCAGUGCGCCAACAGAGGUGUCUGUGUUGACCUGUGGUCCGAGGUCACGUGCCAGUGUCCGGCCGAGUUUACCGGAGACACCUGUGCUAUCAAGCGACAGCCGUUCAGCCUAGGACCAAGCACUGUGAUCAAAUACACUGUAAAACCCUCCUACCACAAAAAGACCCAGCUCGCGGCCAUGACGCAAUCAAGACGCCGAAGGGCGACCCCCGGAGUGUCUACGCUCCUGGUUAGGUUCCGCUCGACGGCCGAGGGGGGUGUUCUGUACACGGCCCGGACACACAACGUCAGCGCACUACUCUGGUUCGAGUUUGGACAGAUCUAUUUCCUGCUGAAGACCAGGGGUUCUGUGAUGGACCCGUUGGUCAUGCAAGUGUCUACUGUCAGUGAUGGCAGGUGGCACAACGUCACUGUCACUGCUACUGGCACCGAGUACUUCCUCGAGUUUGACGGCACCACGUCUCAGACCAGAGACUUUGGAAUACGGUUCUCGUUUGACUCGUCGGACAUGACUGAGAUGACCAUCAGUGGGAACGCGAAUGUGCCUCCGAAUAAUAAGGAGAUUAACGGCCUAGACGGGUGUCUGUCGCUGUUCCACAUCAACGGCGAGGCGUUACCUCUCAACGGCUCCACGGAUAAGUACGACAUCGAAGUCCAAGGCAAGUACAGCGGCAACUGUAGCGCCCUGUGUGAGCACAACCCUUGCGGGGGCAGCAACACGUGCGUGGUGGACGGCGAGGUCUUUCAGUGCCUGCUGGUCGCGGAGUCGAGCAGCCUGGAGACGGGUAUUAUCGUGGUUAUCGUCUUCUUUGUCAUCCUUCUCAUCGCUAUCGUUGUCGUCUUCGUCCUCUUCCGCACGCGGCGCGACCUCUUCCAGCGUUGUGUCAAGACGAAGAAGGAGAACCGCGGGCUGGUUGGCUCUUCGGGGAUCAGUGGCAACGGAAAGGCGAACGUGCAUGUGGACAGUAUAAUUCCAGCUGUGGACGAUGCAGGCGUGGUACCAGGCUCGAGGUACGCUCUCAACCCCAACGAAGGGGAGAUCAUCCGGAAUCACAUCAUGGAGAAUCUGGCGGGGCAGAAGACAAGCUCUCUCACGGCAAGGCCUGAUCUUAUUGGUUCAAGCUACUCUCCCCAGCCUGUCCAGUUGGCUGAUGGGACUGUGAUCAUGGAGACGGGUGAGAUGACCAGCAUGAUGGGAGGGGGAGCUGAGGAGGAUGCCCCCGAGCUCUACGACUUUGAGAACGCCAGUAGCAUAGCGCCCUCAGACAUCACGCCAUCUGACGUCAUCCGACACUACAGAGAUUUCCGCAACGGCACACAUCACCACUACAAACACCAGAACCAUAAACAGCCUUCAGGAUUAAAUAAUCAUUUGUUUAACAAGUACAGAGACAGUCCGGCUAGUAUGUCGGCGUCUAAUUACAGAGCCAGCCCUCAGGGUGGUCCCACUGUCAAUCAUCACAUACGUCAAAGCCCUGUUUCGCUGACAGGCUCCGCCCUCUCAGUGCCCAACCACACCCCUCCCUCUGUAGCAGCCAAUGGUGGGCGACCUAGUUCGGCGUUGGCGGCAUUGCAUCACCAAGAUGGCGGCAGAGCGCGGGCCAGUCCGCUCACUCAGCUGAAUGUGCGCAGCCCGCGUACUCACCCACACAGUAACUACAACAACAGCAACAAUAGCCGUAGCAACUCUGCUCAGUCCAUCGGGAGCCACCAUAGCCACAGCUCCAGCUCAUCGGCUACAGGGAUGCCCAGUCUUCAGCCGGCCGCGCCUCCGCCACCACCCUCCUAUUCUGCAGCGCUCAGAGCUCAUAACAGCAAACCCACCUCCUCCAGCCGCGGCCGCCCUCCCAAAGGCCUCACGGUGGAAGAUGUAAAUAGACUCAACGCCCGCCCAGACUACCACGACCCCGUCAGCAUGAUGGAUGCAGGCUCCUCCUCCGUCAAAGAGAGGCCCCGCCUACCCCCUCCCCCUAUCAUCCCCCACGAACCAGUAUUAGACAGUAGCAUCCUUUUAGAACCCCCUGAUUCCAGCUCAGACGACAGUGGGGCCAACGAUUCUUUCACGUGUUCCGAGUUCGAGUACGAUAACGAAAACGCUCGGACAAAACUCGACCUUGACCCCAGCAAAAGAAUUUUCUCCCAGCUCACCGAAGUCGAGAACGAGUCGGACGAGGCAAUGUUGCACUACCCGAACCAAAGCGGAAAGCUCAGCGCCCAUUCUGACGGGCUCAAUUCAAACGGCGACUCAUUCGCGAGCACCAACGCCUCUUCCUCGGGCAGCCCGUCCAGCCCCGCCCCCCACCCGGUCCUUGGGAGCACCUACGACUUCGACGCUUUGCUCAACUGGGGGCCCAACUUUGACAAGCUGGUGGGUGUGUUUAGGGACAUAGCUCAGUUGCCGGACACUGGCCAACAGACUGUGGAAGGGGCGGUGGAUCAUGACUAUGAAGAAUAUGUGUGAGAUAGAGACUUGAUCCAUUAGUAAUGUUAUAAUAUUAUGUGACUAGUUCUACCCUGGACGGUUUUGAGAAACCAAUCGAGAGAGCUCCUCCUCACGAAUAUGAGGCUUAUAAUAUAUUAUCUUUAACACAUUAUCUGCCAGUGAUUGCCACAUUCACCAGGGGAGCAAAGAUCUUAAAUAUUAUAAAUGGCUAAUGAUAAUGCGCGAUGAUUCUCAAGUGAUGCUAGAGACUUACUGUCUACUCGUGCCCAGAGGAAAGUUGCACCAUCCACGAGGGACGUAAGAGGAUCAUUUCCUAGUGUACUGAUGCACAUGUCUUUACGGCGAGGUCAAGGAAACUUUUUUACAUCAAUUCAAAGUUGUAGGCUUUGUUAAAAGGAAACUGCUGCGCUUUUUAAUGAGGAUCCUGUCAUCUCAAACUGAAUAGACAGGUUGAUAGUAAGUUUACUUGUCUGUGAUCAUAGCUUUUAUUACGUAGAUCCAAAGUAUGAUACCUUUCCCUCAAUCAUUUUGGGUAGUGACUUGAAUAUCCUUGAUUAGUUGCUGAACCUUUUUUUUGUCCAGGGACCACUCUCCUUAGCCCUGAGAUUGCUUUGAACUUACUUUAUUAUUAUUAGUUGAACAUCAUCAGUUUGGAAGAAAAGCACCCAAUAUUCCGACUAAAAGAUCAAUCAAACAAAUUGGCAAGUGGUUUAAGAAUUUUGUUUCAGAAUGAUUUGUCAAAGUCUUCGUUUAGAAUUUCUUUCGAGAUUGUUACUAGUUUCAUGUAUCUAAAUUUCAAGUUCUUGAUGAUUUUCUUUGUUCUUACGAGUUGACCCCACCUUUGAUAUUCGAAUUUAUUAUUACAUACCUCAUGCGGAAUUGGUUUGGUUUCGAUGACUUUUUUAUGCUUACACUUUGAACUGUAAUUUUGCAUUUCUCGUCGAUGGGUUCGUUUAAAAAAAAUAACAUUUCAUUUAAAAAAAUUAUUGUGGGGUGUGUCUUUUUAAAUCAUUUUUUUGUGGGUUUUGGGGGCGGGGUUAAAACUUGGUCUUCUUUAGAAUUCCCGUAUAAUGUGUAGUCUAUUUGAUGAGAAGCUAUACCCGCCGCAUACAUGUGCAUUACUGCUGAUAACUUGGCAUCAGUCUUUGUCAUCACUUCGUUGUCUCUUCAUCUCGGGAAGUCGUGUACUGUGUCGCCUACACAAAGUGCGGUUUUCCUCCCAGUUUUAUCAUGGCGCUAUUUGACGUUUAAAACCUCUUGUGAACUGUCCCUCUGUGGGAUUAGAUUUUGAGGCCGAAUGAUAAAGUCUCAGCGUACAAAUCGAAUAAUUCAACUUUGACCAAGCGAAACAAAACCACAUUGCUUGCACAUCCCUUGUGGUGGUUCACUCAUUGUUCAGCAGCGUGUGUCGUGGGGGGGGGGGUGCCAGUGUCGAUAUAAUUCAUAUCUCUCUCUACUGUAUGAUGAGGCCUAGUAAGCCAGAGCUGACCGGAUCUCCGCUGCUAGCUAGCAUUAGCAUGCUCUUGUUUCACACAACCCAGGGAAUUUGCCACAUAAUCAAAAUGGUGCAGAAGCGCGAUGUUGCACCAUGCGUCGUGUAUAUAUAAUGUUGUAUAAUCUGAAGUGAGUGUGUCUGGUUUGGGAGAAACUGUUUCAUAAUGAUUGUCUAUCGAUUUGGGAAGAUAAUACUGAUGAUGUGUGAUACUAUAAUGCAAAAGUAUGAUUAUAAUCUUGAACUCGUGUAUACAUUUCGUGCAAAACAAACGUAAGAAAGCUUUAAGCUUGUCUAAAUAAUAAUUAUAUGGUCAUGCAUGUGAA